AAUUUUAGUUAAAUAUUGAAUGGAUCGUUCUAUAUAUAGUUGACAAGUCCAUCAAAUAUUUGUAUUUUAUUAAUUUUUGAGAACCCCUCCAUUAGACUAUAAUUAAGAGCUUUUUGUGUAACUUUAUGAGUCUAAGAAAUGAUCUUUGUGAUAGGAUCUGAAUCUCACUUUCUUAGAAGCAGAUAAAGCCAAGUAGAUAUAAACAUAGUUAAUGAUCUGAAGACAGCAAAGACUUUAUCUCACUUUCUUCAGACCAACCAAGAACAUAUUUCGAACUUAUCAAAAAUCUUAAUUGACUUCAAAUCAAGCUCCAUCUGAAAGUAUUAUGACCUGCAAAUUGAAAUUAAUUUUUUUAGUAAAGUUAUAUUGUAAUUAAAACUUCUGAAAAUAUUUGGAACAAAUGUGUCUUUCUUGUAAGGACUGAAAUUAGAUAAUUACGUUACGAGUAAGAAAAAAGGUUUCCCUUUUCCUCGAAAUGACGUCGUUUUGUGUUGAUUCAUUUCACAAAGUUGGAAUUUCUCCUUAAUUUUCAGUCGUCACUUCGGCGGACAAUCCGACGGCGAAUCAAAUUGACGGUGAGAUUUAGAGACUCAGAUUUUUCUCUCUCUCUCGAUUUUACGUUUAAGGUUUCAUUUGUCGUGAUGGAUUGCGAUAGAAUCAGCGAAUUGCCGGAUUCUCUGCUAACUCAAAUACUCUCAUACCUUCCUACCAAAGUUUCCGUCACGACAAGCGUUUUAUCGAAGAGAUGGGAAAAUCUCUGGCUUAGGGUUCCUGGACUUGACUUCACCGUCAAUGAUGAAUUACCUCCUGCCUCCAAAUGCCUUGUGAGCUUCAUUGACAAUUUUAUGGAGUUCAGUCACACAUUACGAAUGAAAAAGUUCUUGAUAAAGUAUCACGGAAACAUCUAUAAUUACUGUGGAUUCAUGAAGUGGAUCGGUCCCGCGGUAGAUAGGGGAAUUCAACAUCUAAGUGUUGAGAGCUUGCUACUUUAUAAUAUGCCUCAUAAUAUCUAUCAGAGCAAGACAUUGGUGUCUUUAAAGCUUGUAGCCGUAGGGCUUGAGAAUCCAGAGUUUGUUGUUUCUCUACCUUGUCUCAAGACCAUGUAUCUUGAAAACGUUUUGUACUGUCAUAAUAAUCCUUUGUUUAUUGAGAAACUCAUCUCUGGUUGUCCUGUCCUUGAAGAGCUUACCUUUAUUAAGUCUAUUUAUUAUAAUAGACUAGAAGUUUUGCAGCUUCUGCGUGUGAGGUCUCAGUCUCUGAAGAGCUUUCAUUUUACGUAUGGGUUUCAAGAUCUUGGUAAAGCUAUUACGGUUGAGAUUGAUGCUCCACAACUUAAGUAUAUGAAUAUCAGAGAUAAUCAAUCUGAUAGGAUUGUGGCGAAGAAUUUGAGGUCCUUGUUCAUGAUCGACAUUGACACCAUAUUUAAUGUUAACUAUGGCAGUCGUUUGUUACCCGGGGAUUUAAGCAAGAGAGAUAUUAUCCGUGAUUUUUUAACGGGGAUAUCUAGUGUAAGACAUAUGAUCAUCUCUCACCGGACUCUGAAGAUCCUCUAUCGAUAUUCCAAAUUGGGACCGUUUCCCAAAUUCGAUAACUUGUAUCGUUUAGAGGCUUCAAUCUCUAGCUCCAUGUUACAAUUCUUGACAGUCUUUCUUGAGAGCUGUCCGAAUCUGAAAUAUCUCAUCUUGGACUUUGUUGUUUCGACAGGGCCAGAGCAGAUUGAACUUAAAUAUGUACCUCCGUGUCUGUUGUUGAAUCUGGAGUGUGUUGAGAUUAAAGAACUGAUGUUGGAGGAACAGACUGGGAAGAAACUAGUGAAAUACUUUCUUGAGAAUUCAGUAGUUCUCAAGAAACUCAAUAUGCGUUUUAGAGAUUCUCCUACAAUCAACCAAGCUUCAGAUAUCUCCAAGGAGCUUCUUACAUUCACAAAUCGUUCUCACAAAUGUCAGAUUAGCAUUAAUGGAAGAUCAGUGUAGACAUUAAACUUACUCUUCGAAUCCCUGACGAUUAAUAUCUUGGUCUUCAACAUCUGGUUAUCGACAGCUGUGUGGUGCUUUAUAUUAGACAUCUCAUGCCGCCAUACAUUUAUAACAGGAAGACAUAGUUGUCCUUUAAACUUGAAAACGUACCAAGUUUGUUGUUAAGAUCCUAAUAAAGGAAAACGUUGUCCUUGUCUCAGGCUGUUGUGUUAAUAAUGGAAAAUCUGACUGUGGUAAGGAAUCUUGUUCAGAGUGUAAGCUGUCAGACUCUAAAAGAGCUUUUUGUGUGAGUUUCAAACUCUGAACAGAAAAAUGGAUUGUGUAGCAUAUGUGUUUGAGAUUGAUGCUCCAAUUAAAGCUUGUACGCGUAGGGCUUGUGAAUCCAGAGUGUUUAAUUUGUUUCUCUACCUUGUCUCAAGAUCAUGCAUUUGGAAAACAUUUUUUGUGGUAACGAUGGUCCUUUGGCUGUGGAGAACCUCAUCUCAAGUUGUCAUGUUCUUGAAGAUCUUACAGUGGUUAGGUCUAUUGAUCGUUAUUGUGACAUUUAUAACAGCAAGACAUUGUUGUCUUUUAAACUUGAAAUCGUACCAGCUUGUUGUGCCAAGAUCCUUCGAUAGUGGGGAAGCUCGUCUCGGGCUGUCAUGUUCUUGAAAACGUACAAGUUUGUUGUGUCAUGAAUCUUGAUGACAAUGUGGUGGUUCUGCGUGUCAGGUCUCAGACUCUGAAAGAGCUCUUAGUGUAAGAGAAGAAUGGCGAAGUGUUUUAAAGCCUCUAGAAGAAGCAGAGUAUUUCAGCUUAAAAGGGUUAAAGUCGGAGGGUUGGGUUGAAGUAGAGUCUCUCAGAGACACUAAUGAGAUUGGUAACACGUGUGGUCACGUGUGAGACUUUUAAAACCCUAAACGCCUCUGUUUUCUAUUCUGCAUAUAAAAAAGAGCAGCCUCCAUCGUUGUGGUUAUGCUUGUUCUCAUGAAUCUGUUUGCGCCUAUGAACAUCGUUUUUCUUUCGUUUUUAUUUGUAGGACUUUGGUAGCUGAACUUAGCUAUGUGCCUCGUGUCUAUUUUUGAAUCUUUUGUGUGUUUUUUUUUUGCUAAAGGACAAAACUAGUGAGGUAUUUGUA